AUGUGUAAACACAUCCUCAACGCCCAGGUGUCAAUCCGCUCACCAUGCUGCCGCAAAUGGUUCGACUGCCCCGAAUGCCACGCCGAGCAGGAGUCGCACCCGCUGCUGCAGCGGUUCGAGAUGACGUUUGCGUGCAAGAAGUGCAAGAAGUGCUUCCGCAAGGACGCGUCCGAGUUUGAGGAGGCGGACGAGUACUGCCCGCACUGCGACAACCAUUUCGUGCUGGACGCGGUCACGCCCAAGCCGGCGAUCAGCGUUGAGGGCGCCGACGUGCGGAUCGACAGCCGGAUGAUCAAGGACGAGCGAGUCAAGGCGAAGGCCGGCGAGAAGGUGACCGUGUUUGAUCCCGACAGGGAGGCUGACAAACUCGGCUGA